CCUAAACAAGACAACAAUAUAGUUUGUGUUAACCUAACCCCUAAUCCCCCAAUUCCCCUAAUUUUAAAAGAAAACAAAGGAAGAGGACCCAAUGUCGGAGUACCAGUUGAAGUAGACAUUUUAGUGUCCAUUUCAACUCAAAAUCUGCAUAGUAUUUUGCUUAAUUGCUGUACUUUUGGAUUUUCUUAGAUUUUUUCCUGCUCAAUCUGUUUCAGAAAUUCUUACAUAUGCAGAUUUGAUCUGGGAUUUGGAAAAUGUUCAAGCUUACACUUAGCAAAUUUCAUUUUUUCACUAUUUGAGGUAUUCGGGAUUAGCUGCUUAUAGUAUGCAAAGUUAAAGUCCAAAGGGUAGAGUUGAUGAGUGCAGCUCAUCGAGUACUUUUCAAGGAAGUUGUCAGGCUUACUAAAGAACAGAAUAUCCAAACGGGUAAAGCUCUUCAUGCAAAAAUCAUCAAGUCAAAUUCUUAUUCAAAUGUAUACUUAGGUAAUAGUAUAGUUAAUUUGUAUGCUAAAUGUGGCGAAUUGUACAAUGCAAAGUUUGCUUUUGAGGAAAUCCCCAUCAAAGAUGAUGUCUCUUGGAGCUCCAUCAUCAACGCCCAUGCUCAACAUGGCGGGAGCAAGUCGUCUCUUCUUGUCGUGGAUUUGUUUAGGCGAAUGCGGGCUGAUAAUUCUCUUCCCAGUCCUCAUUCUCUUGCUGGGAUUUUUACUGCUGUAUCGAAUUUAGGUGAUGCUUUGGCUGGGAAACAGGUUCAUUCAUUGGCAAUAAAGAUUAAUCACAGUGGAGAUGUGGUUGUUGGAAGCUCAAUUCUUAACAUGUAUUGUAAAUCGGGUAACAUGGAAGAUGCGCGCCAAAUGUUUGAUACAAUGCCUGAAAGGAAUUCAGUGUCAUGGGCUACUAUGAUUUCUGGAUAUGCAAUACGUGGUAUGGCUGGAGAAGCUAUGGGAAUUUUUAAAUUGAUAUUGAAAGAUCAAGAGGAUAAAGCCAACCCUUUUUGCUUGACGAGUGUGCUUAGCUCUUUGACCCUUCCAGAGUUUAUUAAUGCUGGAAGGGAGAUCCACUGUUUUGUUAUUAAAGCUGGAGUGUCAUGGAUUGCAGAGGUAAAAAAUGCCCUUAUUACUAUGUAUUUGAAAUGUGGGAGCCCAGACAAUGCACUUCAAUUGUUUGCAUCGUCUACAGAUAAGAAUUCUAUCAUGUGGUCAGCAAUGGUUACUGGAUUUGCGCAAAGUGGGCACUCUAAUAAAGCUUUGGACUUGUUUUCUAAAAUGCAUUAUUCCAGGAUUAGGCCUAGUGAAUAUACAUUUGUUGGGGUGAUAAAUGCAUGUAGCGACAUUAAUGCCCUUGAAAUUGGAAGACAAGUCCAUUGUUAUUCAAUCAAAAUGGGGUUCAAGAAUCAAAUGUAUAUUAUAACUGCACUUGUGGACAUGUAUGCUAAAGGUGGCAGCAUUACCGAUGCUCGGAGAGGUUUUGACUGUUUGCAAGAACCGGAUGUCGUUCUGUGGACCUCAAUGAUAGGAGGAUAUAUACAAAAUGGAGAUAAUGAAGAAGCUUUGGGUUUGUACAGGAAAAUGGAGGCUGAAGGAAUUCCACCAAAUGAUCUAACUAUUGCUAGUGUCUUAAAGGGCUGUUCUACCCUUGCUGCGUUGGAGCAUGGAAAGCAAAUUCAUGCCCGCGCCAUUAAGUAUGGCCUUGCUGGGGAGCUUACUAUUGGAAGUUCUCUUUCAUCCAUGUAUGCAAAGUGUGGAUGCAUUGACGAAGGAAACUUGGUGUUCCGAAGGAUGACUACAAGGGAUAUAGUUUCCUGGAACGCUAUGAUAUCUGGUCUUGCUCAGAAUGGUUGCAGUGACAAAGCUUUGGAGCUGUUCGAGGAGAUGAGAUCAAAGGGCAUAAAGCCAGAUAAUGUUUCCUUUGUUAAUAUACUGUCUGCAUGUAGCCAUAUGGGUUUCUUUGACCGAGCCUGGGAUUAUUUUAAGAUGAUUUCUAGUGAAUAUGGGUUAGAACCGGGAUUAGAACAUUAUGCUUGUAUGAUUGAUGUGUAUAGCCGUGCAGGGAGGCUAACUGAAGCCAAAGAAUUCAUCGAAUCAGCAACGUUUAACCAUGGCAUGUGUUUGUGGCGAAUUUUAUUAAGUGCAUGUCGAAAUCACCGGCAUUAUGAGCUAGGAGCUUAUGCAGGGGAGAAACUAAUGGAGCUAGGCUCACAAGAAUCAUCAGCUUAUGUCUUGUUGUCCAGAAUUUAUACUGCACUAGGAAGACCGGAUGAUGUGACAAGGGUCAUUAGGUUGAUGAAGCUUAGAAGGGUAGAUAAGGAGCCUGGGUUUAGUUGGAUUGAAUUGAGGAAUCUUGUUCAUGUGUUUGUUGUUGGAGAUCAGAAGCAUCCUGACAUAGCAGAUAUCUCUUUUUGGUUAAAGAUAUUAACCAAACAAAUGAUGGAUGAAGGAUAUCAACCAGACCUGAUUCAUUAUUGA